CGUCUAAAGUAAACAGCAGGGCGGUGAGGGACAGUGUCCAUUGAAGAAGAUAAUCAAAAGAUUCGACAUUUCUGGCAGACUCAACCACCGGGCACCGGCAAAGAAGAAAAAAAAGAUUGAAGAGUCUGGGACUAGGAAUCUGGGGGGAGAAAAAUAAAAAAAGAAUGUAAAAACCGUCUGUCAUCUUACUUCCAUGGCUGCAAAGCGUUACUAUUGAUCAAAUCAUUAGAAUCUCUUGUUCUUCCUCUGUAGUCUGAACUCUGAACGCCGCCACUGUCAAUCAGGAAAGCAAAACAAAACAAAACAAAACAAAAGGAAGUAGGCAGAAUUUAGUUCACUGUUCAAAGCCAACGCACCGACAGCAAUCUGAGAAAGCUCUGCUCCUGUCGCGCUGUGUUCUCCUUCUUCACCUUCACCUCCACUUGUUUCGUGGUUGCAAAUUGCAAUACACUUCUGGCGCACAUGACCACCGCCGGUGCCUACCUGGAGAACUAACGUUCCACCAUGGGCGAUACUACCGACGUCGCCAAGACAUUCCGCGAUCUGGUAGAGAGUGCGGACCGUAAGUUCGCUAGGGUUAGGGACGUGCUGCCGUACGGGCGAGGACAGCAAUUUUAUUUUCGUAAGGUCUUCAAGGCUUAUACGAAGCUCUGGAAGUUUCAGCAGGAGAACCGGGCGAAACUCGUCGAGUUGGGUCUGCAGAGAUGGGAAAUUGGAGAAAUCGCGUCUCGGAUCGGUCAGCUUUACUUCGGGCAGUAUAUGAGAACCAGCGAAUCCAGGUUUUUAUUCGAGGCUUACAUUUUCUACGAAGCGAUCCUUAACAGGGGCUAUUUCGCGGGAACAAAAGGCUCGACUAAGGAUAUGAACUUGCUGGGCUUGCGUUACAAGGAAUUGCGCUUCUAUGCGAGGUUUCUUGUAGUUUCGUUGCUCUUGAAUCGAUCCGAGAUGGUGAAGGUGCUUGCGGAGCGGUUCAAGGCUCUCGUGGAUGAUUGCAAGGCUACUUUUCCGGAAACUAAUUUUAGAGAGUGGAAGCAAGUAGUGCAAGAAAUUGUCCGGUUUUUGAAAGUUGAUACAGCCUUUACGAAUAAUAGGCCCCUCAGAUAUUGUGUUUUGUUUGAGUCAUAUGCAACUUCACAACCACAUUUGGCUCGUUUUCAUGCAAACAGGGUUGUGAGGUUGCAAGAUGCAUUGCUGAUGAGCUAUCACCGAAAUGAGGUCAAGUUCACAGAGUUUACUUUGGACACUUUUAGGAUGCUUCAGUGUUUGGAGUGGGAACCAAGUGGCUCAUUCUACCAAGAGCGUCCCGCUGAAUCAAGCGGUAAUGGUGCUUUGAAUGAUCAGUCUGUAGCCUCUGGACUUAUUGAUAUAAACCUUGCUGCUGAUAUGACUGAUCCAACCCUUCCCCCAAAUCCAAGGAAAGUUAUUCUCCAUCGUCCAUCAGCAAGUCAAUUGAUAGCUGUUAUUGCCACAAUCUGUGAGGAGCUCCCUCAAGAUAGCAUUUUUCUAAUAUAUCUAUCUGGAUCAGGAAAGACUGGCCAGAGCAUUGCUUCUGAAAUGAAAGCUUCCAGAGCUUCAAGAGCUUCUGCAAACAAAAAAGUUGUUUCUCAGACCCGUGAACAUGAAAAGUCACUGCCUGAAGCUCCUAAUUGUGAUACAGGAGAUUCAACAAAAUGUUCUCGGAAUUAUCUGUGCCUGGGUCCCAGAGGGAGUGCAGGUUCAAACUUGCUUUACCCUGGUGAUAUCAUUCCUUUCACUCGAAAACCACUUUUUUUGAUCAUUGAUAGUGAUAAUAGCCAUGCAUUCAAGGCCAUACAUGGUGAGGAAAGGGGAGAAAAAGCUGCCCUACUUCUUUCUCCACUGAAGCCAGCAGUCCGGAACCAAUCCAAUGUUGAUUUCACAGAGAAUGGUAGUCAAUUUACAUAUUUCCUCACUGAUCCUCUGCAGGCUUUCUGCCAUCUGGUUGGACUUAGCCAUUGGGGUGCUGAUAUAGAUGCCCACAACAAAGCUGAUAGCAUACUCUCCAGUGCCUUCUCAGAAUGGGAAGUUAUCCUCUGUACAUCCACUUCCCUGGAUCUGGUCUGGGCUCAAGUUUUAUCUGAUCCAUUUCUGCGGCGGCUUAUUGUUAGGUUCAUUUUCUGCAGGGCUGUUCUCUAUUCUUUCUGUCAUUCUGGGGAUGUUGAUCAAUAUCUGCCUGAUUGCCUACCACAUCUUCCUGAAUCUCUCUCUUCAAACUCCAAAGUGGUGCAAUCUAGUAUCCUGCAGCUUGUGAACACUCUUGAUGUUGGAGAUUGUUUUAACUUCAAAGACACAUAAUUGAAACCAAAAGUCCACUAAAGUUUGCAAUUGAGAUCGUCGUCUUCUGCACUGCUAUAGGAUUAGUAACUCCAUUUUUUGGCUCACCAAUGCGCUUGUGAGAAAGCUGCGCAAUGAUGGCAAGGCUAUUGAAUGAAUGGAUUCAGGUGAGAAAUAUAGAGAAAAAUAUUUAUUGGGGGUUGAUGUGCUCUUUGUUAUUACAGGUUCGGGGAUGCUCAAUCCUUUGAUGGAUUUCUCUUUUAUAGUUGCAGAUGGUGGUUGAUGCUUUGCAGGUGUUUGGCCCUCCUUUGUGUUAAUUUGUAUAUGGGGCAUUUGUGCUGUAUAAUUUGAUAUCGAGGCAAUUGGUAUAAGAAAGUAGAUUUUUUUUUCUGUACCUUGUAAAAGAAAUAAUUGACCGAUGAGGAGAUGGUUAUUUUUUCCACCUUGAAUGGCAGCUCCUCUUGAACUAAUAAUCAGUGAAAGAUGAGAAAAAAGCUUACUCCA